GACUGAUACAAAGAAAACUGGAUUAAUUCAUCUGGGAUACACAAUGAACAGAGUACACUGAACCAUUAUCACUGAUUCAUCUUUUAUUUACUUGAUAUUGGUGCAAUAAAGUGUGAAAUAAAUAAAUAAAUCCGCGCCAAUGUUUUCAAAAGAAUGAAAUUAUCUCGCGCCAGAGUUUCCUUUAAUAUUAUCGUAGAGGGAGAAAGACUUAACAGCGGGCCGAAAAGAGUCAGGGUCAGCCUACAUAAUAAAACACUUCUGUAUUGAACUGUACAUUAUAAUAAAAAUGUACUGAAUAUAAAAUAUUCUUGCAACCGAAUAUUUGGUAGUUAUUCAAUAUCAUUAAACAUAAUAGGACGCAUCAUGAGUUUUGCGGGCAAAGUUGUUAUAGUGACAGGAGCAAGUUCCGGCAUUGGCGCGGCCGCAGCUUUAGUGUUCGCCAGAGAAGGUGCCAAUGUUGUCAUAGUUGGAAGAAAUGAGAACAGGUUAAGUAAUAUCGCCGAACGAUGCACCCAAAAUGGUGGCACGACGCUCCUCGUCAAGGCUGAUAUGACAAAUGAUGACGAUGUCAAGAGAAUCGUCGACGAAACCAUCAAUAGGUUUGGCAAAAUAGAUGUCCUUAUAAACAACGCUGGCUUGUCAGUUUCUGGGAGUAUCUCGAAUGGAGAUAUAUUGAAAUCGUACGAUGGUACUUUGGCGGUGAAUCUGCGUGCGGUCGUUCACCUCACCGCUGUGGCUGCACCUCACCUUGUGAAAACUAAAGGCAAUAUUGUGAACAUAUCUAGCAUUGCAGGAAAAAUGUCAACCACAGCGCUGGCUCUACCGUAUAGUAUUUCUAAAGCUGGCUUAGAUCACUUCACUCGUGGCGCUGCUCUGGAAUUGGCAUCAUCAGGUGUACGAGUGAACAGCGUUAGUCCAGGCCCUGUGAGGACAGAUUUCUUUGACAAUGCAGGAACAGCGAUAUCCUGGGACAUUCUAGGGUCCCGUCUUCCACUGCAGAGGUGCUCUGAACCCGAAGAAAUUGGUGAAAUUAUUCUUUAUUUGGCAAGUGAAAAAGCGAAGGGCAUCACAGGAUCUGAUUUCGUUUGUGACAAUGGAGGUCUCUUAAGAGUAUCUUAAGAUAUAUAAUAAAUAAUAACGAAAUGGUAA